AUGGCGUUCCUGUUCCGGAACAAGCAGAAGAACAACCUGGAGCUUACUCGCUCCAUCAAAGAGCUUACGUUGCGGCUCGGGCAGGAGGACAAGCCCAACCCCAAGCUAGAGGAAGGACUUGCAUUGGACCUGCAGCAGAUGAAGAUUAGACUUCAAGGCACACCCGACACCGAAGUCAAUCCAGAGGCAGUCUUCCAGCUCCUUACGAGCAUCCUGAACGAAGACCUGCUCUACGCGCUAGCAAUAAACAUACACAAGCUUCCGUUCGAGUCGCGAAAAGACGCCCAAGUCAUCUUCUCCACCGCAUUUCGCUACAAACCCGCUGGGCAAGCCACGCCCCAAGUAUUGGAGCACGUUGUCGCAUACCGACCGGAUAUCAUAAUAGCGCUAUGUCGGGGUUACGAUAGGCGAGAAAGCGCCAUGCCCUGUGGUGGCAUUCUCCGCGAGGCGCUCAAAUACGAUGCAAUCGCUGCGCUGUUGCUCUACGACGAGCCAAUGGAGGAUGGAAAAACGCUUGACUUGGGCAACGUCAACCCUGAUUUACCAUCUUCUGGCAACGGCGUCUUCUGGAAGUUCUUUGACUGGAUAGACAAGGGCGCAUUUGAAGUUAGCGCUGACGCAUUCAACACUUUCAGGGAAAUCUUGACAAAGCACAAGCCACUAGUUGCUACCUUCCUACAAACCAACUUCGACGCCUUCUUCACCAAGUACAACUCGAUGUUGGUUCAGUCGGAGAGCUAUGUGACGAAGCGCCAGUCGAUCAAACUGCUGGGCGAGAUCCUGCUCGACCGGGCAAACUACAACGUCAUGACGCAAUAUGUGGAUUCUGGGGAGCAUCUCAAGAUCAUCAUGAAGCUACUGCGGGACGAUAGGAAGAUGAUCAACUACGAGGGCUUCCACGUCUUCAAGGUAUUUGUCGCCAAUCCGAAUAAAUCGGUCGCUGUGCAAAGAAUCCUGAUCAGCAACCGGGACAAGCUGUUACGAUUUCUGCCGUCGUUUCUAGACGAUCGCACAGAAGACGAGCAGUUCAUCGACGAGAAGAGCUUCUUGAUCCGGCAGAUUGAGCAGCUUCCACCAGCACCGGUUGUACCACCCACAGCGCAAUAG